UUGUACAGUCGCAGCAAGGGGAACAGAAAUUACAGAAGGAAAGGAACGCAGAAACGCGCUUGUUGGGGUCAAGAGAAUGGUUCGAGUAAAAGACGGGAGUGCGUCUUCUUGCCGUCUUGCUUGUUUCACUGUUGUCAUCAUUGUUGUCUUCAACUGUCUUCCUACCAUCUUUUUUGCUCUCUAUUCAAGAGACAAUUCGAAUGAAUUAGAAAGUACUCACACGCACUCACAAGGCAACAUCUCUCUGCGAUGCGGCGAGCAGAGAGUGAAACUAGACCAACAAUUCAGUGAGGUAAACUACGAUUUCUUCUUGUCAUCUGCUUGUCAAAGUUACCUUCCAUGGAUGAACGAUUUGCAACUUAUGAACCAGGGGAAGGAUAAUUUUAGUGGGUUCAUCGUUGUUGAUAACGGCUGUGGAUUGCAAAGGACAGAAACGGAAUUGGAGCGUCUGUUUGCUCAAAAGAGUUUGAUCACUAGAGACUGUUUCUCUUACGGUCUUCCUUUCAUUUGCAGUUAUUAUUACAGACCGUUAGUAAAUGAUAGUUUGUGCAACAAGCAUUGGCCAACAAAAGACGAAUGUACAGCUGUCAAGACGGUGCACUGCCAAUCGGAAUGGAGAAUCGUGAAAAGCAUUACACAGUCAUCUGACGUCUGCAUUCCACUCCCUGAUUGUACACAACUUCCAGCUAGACAUCAAAAUGAAACGAAUAUAAAGACCUUUCAAGGUAUGGUUUCCACAUCUGUAGUCUCAGCAGGGGAAGAUGAGCCAUACAAAGCUAACGGUACAUCGUCGUGCAUACGACCACUUAUUUCUUCAACCUCGAGCAACUCCCCAUGCUCUCCUCCUUGUCCUAUAGCAGACUGGCUACUGAGAAAGGGAACUCUUUCUCUUAUUGCUUCCGCAAUCUACAUCAGUUUAGUUGUAAUAUGCAUAUGUUCGUUCAUUGUUUUCUAUACUUGGGCAAAAGUGAAAGAAUUGCGUCAGUUUCCGCACUCGAUUACUUUGCUCAUGGUAGUUUUCUACAUGGUGACAGCGCUACAUUACGCUAUUGCAUUUUCCGUGGGACGCCGUGGUACCUACUGCUCGCACAGCGACGCACUCGGCACGUGGGAGAAUCCAAGUACUCUUUGUAUCGUUCAAGUCUUUCAAAUUUCAAGUCAAACAGAGAGCAAUAAACCGAGAAUUCAAAGUCGUAGGAGUCGUUAUCACUCGCCAUUUCUUGGUUCUAGUAACGGUGGCUCCACCUCUGUUUGUAUGCGCACCUACUAUGUCUCAGGUUUACAGCUACUUUUGGUUCAACAAAGAUAGCCGGAAAAUUUUGAAUUACAUCUUUUGCCAAAACAGAAACAGCAGCAGUGACUGUAUUUUGGAAUUUGACGACUUGCGCUUGACAGUAUUGUAUUCCACCUCUCAAUUUUGUUUGGCUAUCUUUAGCGUAGUGCUGACGAUAUAUAGCCUUUUUCCUGGACCAGCCAGAAGGCUGUGGAUCGAAUACUUUCAAAAGUGUCGGCGCCUUGUGGCAGAAACGAAGAGUAACUGGCAGAAAGGAACGCAUGAAAACAACGGGAGAAGUCAAGAACAGUCGGCGAAGAAGGACCACAAAGUCUCCGUUAAAGAUUCUAAUCCGAAACGAAAGUUCGACAGACGAGAGACAUCUGUGAAAGUUAGCGAUACUUUAGAUGAAAAAGAAGACUGUAGCCUGAACGAUGAAGAGAAUAUUGAUUGUACGACAGAAGACAGUCAAAGAAGGCUUUCAAGGCGCGUCCAUUCCAAGCAUGCAGAUGCUAAUGACUGCCAGGAAUACGACCCUGUCGAAGAUGACAAAAAUUGUGAAACGUAUGGCGUUUUCAUGCAACAGGAUGACGACGAGGACAACGCUUACAAAGGAACGACUCCAAAGACUGACAAGAAAGGAAACACAGCCUCUGAAAUACUGAUGAUAAAAGCGACAAAUGAGUCUGAAGAGGAUGGUGUUAUGGAGUAGAUGCUGGUAAUUAGCAUAAACUAAGAUGUGCACGUGGUUACAAUAUCUUUGCGACCGACGGCUGCUCGGAGCGUCAGUACUAUUGCAACUAACCUAGACACAGUAUGUCAAAAUAUAAUGAACUUAC